GUGUCUUCCAGGAUCGUAUCGACUGGGUGUUGCUGUAUGAUGCAUUACCUGUAACGUUACGUUACGACUUACCCAGCCAGGGGGAACCUUGGGGGCUGCGGGGCCUUCAAUUGCAGCUCAACGUCAUUUUCAAUUGCAGAUCUUCCCUCUAGCUGCUUCCACCUCUUUCCUGUUCUCGACGCCCUUCCGCCGUCGCUCUUGCCGGGAUAAACACCAACAACAUGGCAGCAGAAGCCGAGUACUGGUCGUUUCCGACCAACCCUGAAGAGUUCGACAAAGAUGACCGCAUAUCAUAUUCCAAACUCGACAACAAGUAUAUCGCGGUGCAGGACGAUGGCACCGAGUACGAGUUCGACCCCGAACUGCGGCGCUGGAUUCCAAUGAUCGACGAAGCCCUGAUCGAGGAGCAGCAAAAGGGGUACAUAAUGCCCAGUGCAGAUGCGGACAACGACAGUGACCGGCGCCCCCCGCCGCACGGCAAAAAGAGAAAGAUGGACAACACGGACAACCUCGAGGACAACAACAACAACAACAAUCACAACAGCAGGGACCGCUCCUCCAAGAACGCGCGGCGGCAGCAUGGCAACCGCGGGCCGCCGCAGCCCAAGCAGAACACGGCUGUGUACGUCACGGGCAUCCCACUCGAUGCUACAGUUGAAGAGGUGGCCGAGCUGUUCUCGCGCAAGUGCGGCGUCAUCGCCGAGGAAAUCGACAGCGGCCGUCCGCGCAUCAAGAUGUACACGGACGCCGAGGGCAACUUCAAGGGCGACGCCCUGAUCGUCUUCUUCAAGCCGCAGUCGGUCGACAUGGCCAUCAUGCUGCUCGACGACACCGACUUCCGCUUCCCUCCCCCGGGUGCUCCGAGCCAGCCCAAGAUGCGCGUUAUGGCGGCCGACUCUAGCUACAAAAAGACCAAAUACGACAGCGGCGGCGGCGGCGACAGCAGCAGCAGCAGCCACCAAAACAACACCCCCUCCGCCACUUCCACCAAGCCAGGCGAAAGCAGCCGCCCCCCAGGCGACGGCCGGCGCAGCGACCAAGACAAAGCAAAAAUCAUCCGAAAGACCCAAAAGCUCUCCGCCAAGCUAGCCGACUGGAGCGACGACGAGCCCUCGGCGCUGCACGACCCGGCAGACCGCAACUCCUCUUCCGCCGCCCCCAAGGGCGGCAGGUGGGACCGCGUCGUGAUCCUACGACACAUGUUCACGCCGGAGGAGCUGCGCGCCGACCCGGCCGCGCUGCUCGACAUCAAGGAGGACGUGCGCGAGGAGUGCGAGAAGCUGGGGCCCGUCACCAACGUCGUGCUGUACGACGAGGAGGAGGAGGGCAUCGUCAGCGUCCGCUUCCGCACCCGCGAGGCCGCCGAGGCCUGCCUGCGCGUCAUGCACGGCCGCGCGUUCGGCGGCCGCAUCAUCGAGGCCUUCUUCGCCACGGGGAGGGAGCGCUUUCGGAAGUCCAAGGGCGAUGGCAGUAGUGGCGGCGGCGGCGGCGGUAGUGGUGGUGGUGGUGAGAAGGAGCAUGGCAGUGAGGAGGAAAGGGAGGAGGAUUAAAGGGGGGGUGGGAUGGUCUUCUUGCCAGCGUUGAUAUUUUCUUUUUUGGCGCUUCUUUUGGCUGCUUGCGCGGGCUAACAGCGCGAACAAGCCAAGCCGCCUCGCCUCGUCUUUCUGUGUAUAUAAAUAAGUCAGUCAGUCAUACCCCGGUUACCGACAAAUGUCAAAAGAUGACGAGGAAAAUGCCAUUGCUUUCAUUUCUAACUACCGUGCCCAU